AUGGAUAAAAAGCUCAAGAAAUUCAUUCAAAAUGCGACUCGAGUGGCGCCAAAGAUCUCCAAGAAGGGCGAGAUUUUCGAAUUGAGAAACGGCCUUGUUUCACAAUACCCUCAAACUCGCAAAGAUGCCAUCAAGAAGACAAUCCAGCAAAUGACCGUGGGCAAAGACGUGUCGUCACUUUUCCCCGAUGUCUUGAAGAAUAUUGCCACCUCUGACGUGGAGCAGAAAAAACUCGUGUAUUUGUACGUGAUGAACUAUGCCGAGUCUCAUCCUGAAUUGUGCAUUCUGGCGGUCAACACAUUUGUCAGUGAUGCGACAGACCCCAACCCGCUCAUCAGAUGCAUGGCGAUCCGAACCAUGUCGAUGAUUCGAGUGGAAAAGAUCCUCGAAUACAUCGAAAUCCCAUUACGCAAAACGCUACAGGACGAAAAUCCAUACGUACGCAAAACCGCGGUUAUAUGUGUGGCAAAGCUUUUUGCACUGAAUGCAGAGCUUUGCAAAGAGCUCGGUGUCCUCGAGGAUCUGACCGCCGCGCUAGAGGACUCGAAUCCUCUGGUGGUCGCCAAUGCCAUUGCUGCUUUGACAGAUAUUCAUGAAACGGACCCCACGGUGGUGCCCCUACCGGAAUUGAUCAAAGACCACAUCUCUCAAUUUUUGCUUGCCCUCAAUGAAUGUACCGAAUGGGCGCGUGCCACCAUUUUAGGAGCUUUGGCCGAUUACACUGCGCGUGAUGCCAUCGAAGCGCAAGAAAUCAUAGACAGAGUCACGCCUCAUUUACAACACGUUAACGCAGCUGUAGUCUUGGCCACCAUUAAAGUGGUACUUUUGAAUUUACCCAUCAUCCAUGUCGAUACCCAAUCCCCCAUCUUCGCUAAGAUAGCCUCGGGUCUAGUUUCUCUGAUGUCAACUCCUCCAGAAAUGCAAUACGUUGCUCUCAGAAACAUGCGAAUCAUCCUGGAAAAAUAUCCUGCCAUUCUAUCGCGCGAAUUGCGAAUUUUCUACGUGAAAUUUAACGAUCCAUUGUACCUGAAACUCGAGAAGAUCGAGAUAUUGGUAAGAUUGGUGGACCCUGCCAAUUUGAAACAGUGUACGUUGCUUCUUUCGGAAUUGAAAGAGUAUGCGCAUGAAUACGAACCCGAAUUUGUCUCUCGUGCAAUCCUUGCGCUAUCGCAACUCGCGGUCAAAUAUUCCCAAAUCAAGUUUGUCUCCAAAGUCUUAGACAUCCUGUUAGAGUUAUUUGAGACUCGCGUAGAGUUCCAAAAUGACUGCCUUAUUAGUAUGUGCAAUCUUCUCAGACAUACCGGUGAACAAGACGAGCAACUUAUCAAACAAGUAUGCUUGGUAGUAGAUGCAUGGGAUGCGACAGACACUGGUUCGCCUCAAAGCGAUUACGCCAAAUGUAAUUAUUUGUGGCUCCUUGGACAAUUUCCAGCCAAGUUUACCAACAUCGAGUCCAAAUUGAACCCAUUCAUUGAAACUUUUACUCAAGAGGAGUCUCUGUCGCAGAUGUCGUUAUUGAUCACGGUUGUUCGUCUGCAUCAAAGUAUAUCUGGCCAACUUCUUCAAAACGUACUGGAUCUUGCUACUCAUAGCACUCAGGACAUAGACGUAAGGGAUAUGGCGAUCAUGUACUGGCGAUGCUUAUCACUAGAAGACGCGGAUGACACCUUGAUCAAUGAACUGUGCCAUUCUGUGCUACCGGAAAUUCCAACAACGUUGGACACAUUUUCCCCUGAACUACUAGAAACGUUACUUUCAGAACUUUCACUAUUAAGUUCUGUCUAUUUCAAACCUGCCGCUGCGAUGCACCGACAGGCGGUGCGCUCAGAAGGUAAAUUGAAGGGCAAGCAAAUGCACGAGCUCGAGUCCUUGGCGCAAGGUGAGAUUCUAAAGAACAUGAAUGAGGAUAAUCUGCUGGAUAUGGAUACAGAUUUUCUGUCAUCAAACACUACGAGUAACGAUACCAAUGGAACCGCCCUCAACGAAUUAAAAGACCUGUUUCAUCUCGACUCUUCGCAACAACCAAAAUCUAACCAGAUCGAGCAAGGCAUGAAUAAUCUCACGCUAAACAAAAAAAAUGGGAGUCAAUCUACAAAUACCCAGGAUCUACUUGACCUGUUUUAA